CAGACGUAUGGCGCAUGCGCGAAGAUUUGGCACUAACAGUCCUUCGAUAUCAAGGAGGCCGUCUAUGCUAGGUAAAAUCUGUCUUCCCAUGCUAAGCAUUGCAGUGCAAAAUAUCAGCGCGGAGAGACUUCAGUCCGCUUUACGAGGCUGCUCAUAGCUGGAUAACCAUUGGGCGCUAGGGAUUGCGGUACUGCUCCCUAUGGGCCGGAUUGUCAUGCAUUUCCAGGGGCAUAGUGUCUUUACAGUCGUGCCACGAUCCCACACUCGCAUCGGAGCUGCGGCUCGGCUCAUUUCGAAACCUACCUGCAGCUCAGAAUGCCGACAAGAAUGGACGUCCGAUCGUGGGCACUGCACGAGCGCCAUAGAUGCGUCGUCUCACUUUUCGUCGCGUCCCCAGAGACCGCACAAUGCGUCCGUUCCUUCAAGCAUUGGCGAAGGCGACAGGCACUAUGCGUGCACUGAGAGCCUUCUCACUGUGGUCACCAAUUCGAAGGGUGAUGCUUGGGGUAUCACUUAUGCAAGGCCUGAUGAGAAGACACUAUUCUAUCCGGAGCACGACUUGAAAGGCUAUCGCCAACUCUGGUGGAUGGCCGAUGACUGGCGUCCUGAAAGUGAAUUGCAUAAGCUUUUCCGAAACAUUGGUCGUAAUGAGUAUGGCGAGAGUCUGAUCGAACACUGGGGCGGAUUGGAAGCUCAACAUAUGUCCACCAAGGACCUCGCUGCACUUCCAGCUUCUGCAUGUAAUUACCCAGCUUGGGCUGAAAGGUGGCGUUGACAAAGUUGGCGGGAUGUCUACAACGCGAUCGUGCACGUUAAGCAGGCUGUACUUAAACCACCGCCUCGAGUCGUGGUUAUGUGCAGAGCAAAUGACCAAAUAUGUUGAUUCCUCCGGGAGUCCUUUACACGUAAUCUGUUAGCUCUUCGAUCGAUACAGUUCUCUCUUGCGCAAAAAUCAAAUCUCCUUACAUGCCGGAUGCUGCAGCCUUUGUGGCCUUGGACUGCGCCAUCAUGGACAUAAGAGACCAUAGUACGUUUAUCGGUUGAUCUCGAGAUGAGAUACGAACUUGCAAUUAUCUGAAAACUUCUGUCGCCGUCCAGUCUCACCUUGUCUUACGCCCG